CUCUCUCCGUGUCUGAGCCGCCGAGAUGGCAGGAGGUGUGCGGAGAAAGCCCCCGGGUCCCCCGGGUCCCCCGUCCCCACUGUGGGGUAAACUUCAGACACUGUGGCAGGAUAAACAUUUGGUCCUGUUCAAGACGGAAUACACGUUACUGGUCGUUUCAGUGUUGUGGUUCCUGGAGAUCGGGAUCAAUGUGUGGGUCAUACAGAAAGUAGCAUACACUGAGAUAGACUGGAAAGCCUACAUGGAUGAAGUAGAGGGAGUCAUCAAUGGUACCUAUGACUACACUGAGCUUAAAGGAGACACCGGCCCCUUGGUGUACCCGGCUGGCUUUGUCUACAUCUUCACAGCUCUGUACUACAUCACCAGCCAUGGGGUGAACAUCCGUUUGGCUCAGUACCUUUUUGCUGCUUUCUACCUCAUCACACUGCUGCUGGUCUUCAGGAUUUACUACCGCACUAAGAAGGUUCCUCCCUAUGUGUUCUUCUUUGUUUGCUGUGCUUCUUAUCGGAUCCACUCCAUCUUUGUGCUGCGUCUGUUUAACGAUCCAGUGGCCAUGAUGCUGCUGUUUGCAGCUGUUAACCUCUUCAUGGAUGAAUACUGGACUCUUGGCUGUGGCAUUUACAGUUUAGCAGUGUCUGUGAAAAUGAACGUGCUCCUUUUUGCUCCGGGACUACUUUUUCUUCUCCUUUCUGAGUUUGGUCUAAUCAGGACAAUCCCCAAACUCUCUUUGUGUGCAGGCAUACAGCUUUUGCUGGGUCUCCCUUUCCUCCUGGAGAAUCCCAUGGGUUAUAUUAGCCGGGCAUUUGACCUUGGACGUCAGUUUAUGUUCAAGUGGACGGUCAACUGGCGCUUCCUGCCCGAGUGGUUCUUCUUGAAUCGGUACUUCCACCUCCUCCUGCUGGCUGCCCACCUGCUCGCCCUGCUGCUCUUUGCUCUCCGCCGUUGGAAGAGGCCAGGAGAAAACAUCUUGGAACUCCUCAAGGAUCCCAGAAAGAGGAAAACACCUGCUCAGAAAACCACUGUCGAUCAGAUGGUGCUGAUUCUGUUCACCUCUAACUUCAUCGGCAUGUGCUUCAGUCGUUCGUUGCACUACCAGUUCUACGUCUGGUACUUCCACACACUGCCCUACCUGCUCUGGAGUGGAGGAGUCAAGAAGCUGGCCCACCUGCUCAGGGUCCUGAUCCUGGGUCUGAUCGAGCUUUCAUGGAACACCUACCCCUCUACCAACAGCAGCUCCACCGCCCUCCACGUCUGUCACCUCAUCAUCCUCCUCUGCUUGUGGCUGGCUCCACCGCUGCCUCCAGCCCCAGCAGAGACCGAAGAACAGACAUCCGUUAAGGACAAACGCCACUGAGCAACAGCCUGAUCGGACCGGACGUCGUACUUAGUCCAAUCAGCUGGCGAACAGCCUCCGUCGCCCUCCUCUCUUUGAUCUUCACAGCAGAGGGAGGUCAUUGGGAUAGACUGUUUUUUAUAAGUGAACACAAGGAGCCAUUUAAUGCUUCUCAUCUCAGCUCGCUGCUAGAAGUGAAAGAAGCUAAUGUGUGGGUGUGGUCUGCAGACAGAUGCCUACGUGAUGAAGUAGUCCCUUGCAGUUGAAGAGAUGAAAACAGGAAGAAAAUAUGGAUUCUCAGGUUUCAUUUUCAGAUACAUAUUAGAAAGAGUGGAGUAGAGUGCUAAGAGGAAAUUGUGAAUGUUAUGCUGUUUUGAGAGAAUUUGUUACAUGGGCUUUAUUUCUACACUUUGAAACUACAGUCCAUAAUUUAACUAGCCUAAUCAUCUUCCCUUGCUUGAUAUUCUGAUAUUAUCAAAAACGGUCAUAUACAGCUGCAUAAAUGAUCUUGCCCAUUGUAUUUAAAAGGCAGUAUAUUGACAUGUCAUUCAGAUGACCCUGAACUUGAACUAAAAGCUUUAAAUUCCUUGCAUGUCGGGCAGUAACCUGUGGCAUCUCCAACUGCCACAAUAGCUGCAGUAUUCUCGAGUGCAAGGCCAAAAAUCUUUUCCAAACUUUCACAAGCGUGUAAAACUAAGCUUAAGACAAUCAUGGCUAUUUUUCAUACCAUUUCACCUUAAUUUGUGAGUGGCCCUCUACACAUUCGUAGAUUUAAUGUGAAAAAUGUGCAGUAGACUGAAACAGCAACAGUGUGACAUUUUAUAUUAAACAGAGAUGCCACUUAA